AGGAAAAAAAGAAAAUGCAGUUAAAGAUAUGUUGGCAAGAAAACAUUGCAAAAUUCGAAAAAAUAAAACGACAUCUCCAUGAAAAACAGCGUGAUUUAUUGAAAUUAUACGCUACGUUGCGUUCAAGUCACAAGGAGUUGUUAGAAUUGGGCCAAACAAUGUGCUUGCCGCCGUCGGAGGAUUUAUCAAUCAUGAAUGUUGGCAAACUGGCGCCAGGACAGCUGCUGCAACUGUGCGCUGGGCCAGAAACCAACGAAACACAUAUAUCUCAUACUCCUUUUGAUAUACAUUUAUUACGUGAAAUACAAAAUAAAAUAGUUACUUCGUGCGAAGAAACAUUAAACAGUAGAAAUAAUAUUAUUGAUUGGUUUGAGGACAUCAUGGCUAAAAAAACGAUUACGAAAAAUGAUCUCGUUAAAAAAAUCAAAGAAUUUAAAAAUGAGAAUGAAGAAUUUAAAAGAUCUCUGGAUAAGAAUAAAGAGGAUUACUUACGGUUUUUAAACAAUUCGCAGGUUUUUUUUAAAAACGAUGAGAAUAGCGCACUAGCCAAUGAACUGUGUUACCAAAGUUUAUCAUUGAAAUUAUCAGAAGUAAAUACAUUAAACGAGGAACUACAAAAAAAACUUCAAGAGGCGGAGGAUAAAGCAACAUUUGCUGAAAACAAGUCAAAGGAAAUUGAAAAGCAAUUAAGGGACGCGAAACAUAAAAAGAGAGAGUUAAAAUCUAAAGAAGAGGAAAUGGCAUACCUCAACGUAGCCUUGGAGCAAGCUCGUUCUAAAAGCCGGACAUUGGAAAAAACGGUUUGCCAAUUGCGCCAAGCGAACCAAGCAAUGCAGUCAAACUAUGAUAGUGAACUGAAAAAACUGAACGAAUCUAUUGAUAUAAAUACGAAACUGUUUGAUGAAAUUACUGCUGAUCGAGGCAAACUAUUAGUCGAAAAACAAGAUCUGGAAAAUCAACUUCUAGAACUUCGUAACAAUUUAGAAGAAAAUUUACAUAGUACGAAACACGAGUCGAAUUUACGUAUUGCGAAGUUAGUGGAAACAGAGAAGAAAUACAAAGAAGUAUUAGAUGAGAAAAAUAUACUGGCUGACAAAAUAAUGGAAACAGAUAAGAAAUACAAAGAAGUAUUAGAUGAAAAAAAUAUACUGGCCGACAAAAUAGAAUCUAUGCGUGCUCAACUUCUCGAGUCAGAAUUACGGUUUAAGGACGCCUCGAAGAAAUUAAUAGAAAUGGAAUCAAAAUCAAAAGAGGUUGCCGAAUGCCGCAAGACAAUAGAUGUGUUGAAUUUUCACCUUGAAAAUACUAAAGAAGAACUGCUGGAAUAUAAAACUAAAGUAAUUAAAGAAACAGAAGCUAUGCAAGAAUUACGGCAAAGUUGGAACAACGCCGUCGACUUAGGGAAUCAGUUGAAAAAUGAUUUGAAUAAUAAGGAAAAGUAUAUUUUGGAGCUGGAAAGAGUACGAAACCUACUCGAACAACAACUACUCGAAAGUGAAUUGAAAAUAAAAACAUAUUCAGAAGAAUUGUCUAAUAUCAAAACUGUACUACGUGAAGUUUUCGGAGAAUUUGAAACCAUAGUAGAAUUGCAUGAAAUGAUAAAGCAGCAAACCCUUCAGCUGGUAGAAGUAAAUCUAAAAAAUAAUACUUUGACUGAAGACUUAAUCGAAAAGGAUAUUGAACUACAAAAACGUGUUGAAAUCAUAACAGAGCAGGAACAUUUGUUAGAAGACCGGGAAGCGACCCUGAAGAUGCUAACGGUCAAAAAUGAAGAACAAACGAAUAUUAUUAAAUUACUACGAAAUAAUUUGGAUGAAAGAACUCAAGCGGAUAUAGAGAUCAAUCGACAACUUGACGAGAAGAAUAAUGAAAUUGAAUCACUCAUGAAUUAUAUUGAAAAGAGAAAGGAACAAGUAUCACAAUUAGAGAAAAUAAUCCUAACUUUAGAAAAUCAAAUAGUCGAGUUAAGUGACCAAAGGAGAAUAGCACGCGAAACUGUAUUAUCACUUGAGAAGAAGCUUAGUGAAUAUGAAUCAUAUAACAUUACAAAUACAAAGAAGACGAACUUACCGAUCAAUGACUUAGAUAAUUUAAUAAAUAUUCUAGAGUACGAGCUCACAAACCCUUCAGAUGAUCAAUUUAAUUAUUCAGAACAAGAAGUAGAAACUCGUAGAAAUAGACGAAGAACGCAUAAUGAUUUUAAAACCCAUAUUCAGGAUAAUUGUGAUAUGUUCCAAUGGCUAAAAACUGUGCCAACCAAAGGGAUGAGUACUUUUUCAAAAAAUAGAAGAAAUAUAAAUAAAGAUAAUUACAAAGGUGAUGGUGUAUGUGGAAACAAAAUAUUUCCGAGUGUUGAUACUUCUGAUGAAUUUGCUGCAUUACCAAAAGUAGCUGCAAAUGCAACUAAGGAAAAUAAAAAUCUGCCCGUAGCACGUCAGCAUCACACUACAAAUGUCAAUUUUUGUUUGAUGCCCAAUCAUAUAAAAGACGAAAAAAAAUUAAAGAUGUUUAAACUCGCCGGUCAUAAAUUGCAAUAAAAUUGUGCAAGUA